AUGAGCGACGCGGUGCUGCAGGAGAACGGCAUGGCGAGGCCGGCCAUGUCGGAUCGCGAGAUGCACGUCAUCGCGUCCGUCGAGGAGUGGAACAAGGGUCUCCCGGCGUCCGCCUUGACGCACAAAUACGCGCUCAUUGGUCGCUCGCCGGUUUCCUUCUUUCAAGGAACCAAUCACCUCUUCUGGGCUGACCUAAGCGGCGACGAGCGCCUUACGCGUUUCGGCAACAGUCGCACGGUGACGUGGAUCGUCGGCGACUGCUCCACGUCGUCGUUCACGGCGUCGGGCAGCGACAGCGAGGGCCCCAUGUACGGGCUGUCGCUCACCGACGAAUCCGUGAUCGCAGACUACCAGUACGACGUCUGGCGACUUGCGACGAGCAUCGUGCUGCUCGCGCGGGAGAAUCUCGCGGCGGCGGGUUCGGGGGCGGCUUCCGCCGCUGGCGGAGCUGCGGGAGGCGGAGGCGGAAGCGGAGGCGGGGUAGCGGCGGAAGAGGCGAUUUUGCGCGCGGUGGUGGUGGCCUUUGCGCGCAAAUACCUGAAGACGAUAAUGGGGUUCAAGCAGGGGGAGGUGAAGGGCGGAGGGGGCGGGGAAGGCGGAGCGGAGGGGAACGCGCGGAAGCUGUCACAGGUGCUGCUGAUGUCUGGGGGGAACAUGAAAGGGCGGCUGGUACGGUUUCUGGCGAUUGUUGAGAGAGAGUACAGCAGGCGGCGGCUUCUGAAAAAAUGGUGCGUGGAGGAGGGCGGGCGGUGGUCGUUUCAGGAGCAUCCCGGGAGGCUGCAGGCGUGCCCCAAGUUUGAGGAGGACGCCGUGGUGGCGGCGCUCGCCUCGUAUGCUGAUGGGGUCAACGUCAAGGGGCUCGCCCGCAGCAUGCAUGUUGACCCUGCUUCCUGCGGCGUGAAUCGAUACAUGGCACUGACCGAAACCAGCAGUGGGGAGUUACACGUGUUGGACGUGCGCAUGCAGCAGCGGCCCACGGCAUACCACUUCAUGAACCCUGAUGAGCGCCGCGCCUACCGCCACCGCUUCCCCCACGAGACAGACCGGUUUCUGGAGGCCAGCACUGCUCUGUGCUCGUCGCAUGACAGCAGCAGCAUCGGAUGGAUGGAGCUGCAGGAGGGUGUGCACCCGAGUGCAGCAGGGCGGUAUUCAGUGAGAGACGUGUCACCAUAUGAGGAGGAAUACCCCGCCGCUGUGUCUGCAGACGUCAAGUCGAAACUCAAGGGCUUCGCCCUCACCACCCAGGAGGGGCUAGUGGAGUUGGCAGAGGACUGGGCACGCAUACUAGCAUCGCAGCAUGCUGUUGCUGCUAGUCUGCUAGAUCCGGACCCCCUGGUGGAUCAACGGCCUGCAUUGUGCCAGGAGCUUGCGCUUCUAGCCAAGGCAGCGGCUAAGAACGAGUUUGAGGAGCUUGUGUGGGAGGUGGCGCUGAGUUAUUCGCGUCAAGUGGAGGGAUUGGACGUGUGGCGAUUGGAGCAGGGCAAAGUGGUUCCUGUUCCCAAGGCCGACCAUGGCAAGUUCUACACCCGAGACAUCUACAUUGUGCUCAAGACCUCCGGUUCCAAAGCGGCAGGCGGCGUGACCCACGCGGUGCACUACUGGCUGGGCAAGGGAGCCACGCCAGAGGACGCGUCCCGGGCGGCGCUCAAGGCGCUGGACCUAGAUAUUGCCGUGGGCGGCAAGUCAACGCAGCACCGCGAGCAGCAGGGGCACGAGUCGCCGCUCUUCCUGUCCUACUUCCGCCCCUGCAUCAUUCCCAUUGCGGACGAGGCGUCUGGGGAGCCGAGGCUGUACCAGGUCAAGGGGAGACGGUUCCUGCACGUGCGGCAGGUGCCCUUCGCUCGCUCCUCCCUGAACCAUUCAGACGUGUUUGUGCUGCAAGCGCCCUCCAAGCUCUACCAGUUCAAUGGCGCCAACGUCACCAAGCAGGAGCGCAUUCGAGCCGCCGAUGCCACUCUGCUGCUCAAGCACCAGUCCCCUAACGGCAGCAUGCCUGUUGCUGUAAUCGACGAUGGCAAGGCGGACGAUGCGAGCUCCAGUGAGUUCUGGGACCUGUUUGGUGGCUUUGCUCCCAUCGCCAAGAAGAGCACCAGUGAAGACGAUGUGGAGGCCAAGGCCAUGCCGCCCACGCUCUACCUAGUGACCGCGAAUGGCCUCCAGGAGCAAGCCAAGGCGCCUCUCAAGAAGAGCCUGCUGGAGAGCAGCAAGUGCUACCUGCUUGACACCGGCCCGAACCUCUUGGUGUGGUUCGGGAAGCUCAGCACCGUGCCUGACAGGCGGGCGGCCUGUGUGGCUGCAGAGGCGCAUAUGUCCAACCGCCCCCCCUCGGUGCUAGUGACACGCAUGAGCGAGAGGAGCGAGACAGCAGCCUUCAAGGCUGCCUUUGCGGAGUGGCCGCUCGCCCCUGUGAUGGGCGGGGGGGAGGGAGGCGCCAGCAAGCUCAAAGCCAUGCUGCGGCAGUCAGGCAUGGUGGACAAGGCAGUGGGGAGGGGGCCACAGGCAGCAGCAGGGGCAGCAGAGCCGCCACCCCCGCCUCUCGCUGAUGUUGCUGGCGAGAUGAAGGUGUGGAAGGUGAACGGCAACAGUAAAACAUUAGUAGCGGCAGAAGAAGUGGGGCGGUUUCACAGCGGCGACUGCUACAUCGUGCAAUACACCUUCACUCGCGACCGCAAGUUUGAAUACGUGGUGUUCCUCUGGGUGGGCCGAGACAGCACUCAGGAGGAACGCACGUCUGCUCUUGGUGUUGCUUCGAGGGCAGUCGAUGCACUCAGGGGAAACGCCACUCUGGUGCGGGUGGUGCAGGGGAGGGAACCCGAGCAGUUCAUCUCUCUGUUCAGGACCCACCUCUUCUUCCUCAAGGGCGGCAGCAGUGCGAGCUACAAGGCGAAAAUCGCCGCCCAAGGCGGCUCGGAUGACACGUACGACCCGGCAGGCGUGGCUCUGUUCCGCGUGCGCGCCCGGGGGGCGGCCGGCGGGAGUGGUGCGGGGCUGUUCAAAGCGGUUCAGAUGGAUCCGGUGGCGAAAUCGCUGAAUUCGGAGGAUUGCUUCUUGCUCCAGACCACCUCCAGCCCUUUCUUGUGGUUUGGGAAUGGCAGCAGUGCAGCCGACAAGGAUGCUGUAGCAGCUGCAGCCGAGAUUAUCAAGCCCGGCGCGUUGGUGAAGCAAGUGGUGGAGGGCAAGGAGACAUCCGUGUUCUGGCAGCAUCUGGGCAGCAAGGGCGAGUAUCCCGCUUCCAGGGAGACAAAGGAGGCAGCAAGGGACGGCAGGCUGUUCCAAGUCACAGGCAGUGGCGACAGCUUUAAGGUGCUGGAGGUGCCAGGGUACAGCCAGGACGAUCUAAUCAGUGAAGACGUGAUGCUGCUGGACACACACACGGAGGUGUUUGCAUGGACGGGGGUGAAUGUGCCAGACAGGGAGAAGAAAGAAGCACUCAACUACGCACUGCGCUAUCUAGACCGAGUAGCGGCAUCAGAAGGGCGGUCAAAGGACACCACGGUGGUGCGAGUGGUGGAGGGGUACGAGCCCCCCAUGUUCACUGCGCUCUUCCCCCACUGGGACCACGCCGCCAGCGCGGCCCUAGCAGACCCCUAUGACCGCAAGCUGGCUCUGCUGCAGGGGAAAUCGCUCGAGCUCUCGGAUACGGCCAAGCGUCGCCUCGCAGCACUCACGCACCAAUCCCCGUCUGCCACGUCAUCCUCCUCCACCCCGCGCGCCUCCUCCACGCCCCACUCCCCCUCCGCCAAGCCCGCCCUCUCCUCCCUCACCAUCUCCCCUGCGCUCAUCAAGGGGCUGGCGGGCAGGAGAGGCCCCUCCCCCGGCCCCUCUCCGUCCACACAGCGAGCCGCUGCCAUGGCUGCGCUGACUGGCACACUCAAGGGCGAGCCGAGACUGGAGCCUCUCAAGCUCGCCAGGGGAAACUCUCUCGCAGGCUCAGUGCAUGAAGCGGAUAACGAGGAUGAUGAUAGCGAGGAUGGCGAGGAGGAGGGAAAGAAGGGCGGUGCUGGCAACAGCGACAAUGGAGCAGCAGCACCAGCAGCAGCAGCAGCAGGAGCAGGAGCAGCAGGGAAUGGAGAGGCAGCAGUGGAGGGGAUGUGCUAUGCAUUUGACAGGCUGAUUAUUGACAGCAAGAACCCGAUUCAAGGAAUUGACACCACAAGAAGAGAGUCCUAUCUGUCAGACGCGGAUUUUCUCCGCAUAUUUGGUUUUCAUCGUCGCUACGCUUUUUCUGGUGCACUCAAACCGGGAAUAAUGCCUACGACGUUCUUCGUCUCCGCCUUUCCCGGGCUAUCCGCAAGCCCGUCGCACUCUCUUAUCGCGUCUCGCCGUCACCUUGGCCAGCCAUCGCCGCCCGGUUUCCUGCGGCUUGGCGAGGACAGGCGAAGGAAUGCCGCUCGAGUGGUAACCUCGCGCGCGAAGAAGGAUGGGGACGAGCCCGAGAACGACGCGCCCGUGGGAGUCGCGCUCUCGUCGACCAGAAGCCCGCGACUCGACGACUUCGAGCUCCCCACAGUUGGCGGCGGCAGGCCCGGCGACGACGACGGCGCGAUUCACGGCGGCGGGUGGGCGCCUCGGGUUUACCACCACGAAGAUCUCUAUUUGAGCGAUCUGGAAAAGAGCGGAAAGGGCAAGAAGAAGGGAGAUAAGAAGAAGAAAAAGGGGGACACGGGAGAGGAGGUUGCGGAUGGGAAGGAGGCGGAGGUUGCGGCGGGAAAGACGGAGAACGAGAAGAAGGAGGUGACAAGCUCCGCGACGGGAAGCUCCUCGGGCAGCGAAACGGGCAGCGAAUCGGCCAGCUCAACGGGCAGCUCGGGCAGCGAAGGGAAGAAAAAGUCGAAGAAGGAUAAGGACAAGAACGGUCGCAGUCGCGGGGUGGAGCGGACGGCGCAUUACCCGGACGACAUUUCGUCGCACGCUAAGGCGGCGGAGAAAGAUAAGGGGAAGAAGAAGAAGAACUACAACUACGAAGACGAACUGGAGAGGCUGCAGCUGGAGCUGGUGAAGCUGCAGGAGUGGAUCAAGAAGAAGGGCCUGCGCGUGGUGGUCAUAUUCGAGGGGCGCGACGCAGCAGGGAAGGGCGGCAUUAUCAAGGUCAUCACAGCGCCGCUCAACCCGCGUGUGUGCAGCAUCAAGGCUCUGGGAACCCCCUCCGACCGCGAACGCACUCAGUGGUACUUCCAGCGCUAUGUAGCCCACCUUCCGGCUGCCGGUGAGAUGGUUCUGUUUGACCGGAGCUGGUAUAACCGCGCGGGAGUGGAGCGAGUCAUGGGGUUCUGCACGGACGAGGAGUAUCGCGAGUUUCUCCGGUCGUGUCCUGAGUUUGAGCGCAUGCUCGUGCGGUCGGGGAUUAUUCUGGUCAAGUACUGGAUUUCGGUGAGUCCCGAGGAGCAGGAGAAGCGGUUCAAAGAGCGGCUGGACCGGCCGGAGAAGCGGUGGAAGCUGAGUGACAUGGACCUGCAGUCGCGGGCGCGGUGGGCUGAUUAUUCGUACGCGAAGGAUGUGAUGUUUGGUUAUUGUGAUAUCAAGCAGGCGCCGUGGUAUGUGGUCCCGUCGGACGAUAAGAAGGAGGCGAGGCUGAAUGUGAUUGCGCACCUGCUCAGCUUGAUCCCGUACGAGGAUCUGAUUGAGCCAAAUGACGUGAAGAUCCCGCCUCUCCAGGAGGAUUAUUAUGUGCGGCCACCAGUCACGGACCAGACCUUCUUUUACCGCAACAUAUAUUUGGCUGGAAGCCGUUUUCAAGUCACUUCCACGGAUCUCGCAAACGAGGUCUGGAUGAAUCCGAGCCAGAACCCCUUGCUAGCUAAUGGAGCCGCGUUCAGCGGAGGGCCAAGCAUGGUGGCUGAAUACUGCCGUGCCCUGGGGGGAACACGGCCCAUCAACAGCGUUCUAAUCGCCAACAAUGGCAUCGCAGCGGUCAAGUUUAUCAACAGCAUAAGAUCAUGGGCGUUCGAGACCUUCGGUCAAGAGCGAGCCAUACAGCUGGUCGCCAUGGCGACGCCGGAAGACAUGCGCGCGAAUGCCGAACACAUUCGCAUGGCGGAUACGUUCGUUGAGGUUCCUGGUGGAACCAACAACAACAACUACGCUAACGUGCAGCUUAUCGUCGAGGUCGCGGAACGAACUAAAGUGGACGCCGUAUGGCCCGGCUGGGGUCACGCGUCUGAGAACCCGGAUCUUCCACAGUCACUCUCGGCCAAGGGAAUCGCGUUCCUCGGCCCUACGGCGCAUUCCAUGGCGGCGCUAGGCGACAAAAUCGGCUCCACCCUCAUAGCGCAGGCGGCCCGAGUUCCAACGAUCCCGUGGAGUGGUUCCAGCAUUAUCCUGCCGGACGACCAGUGCAGGACGGAGAUCGAGGAGGAGCUGUACCACCAGGCGUGCGUGCGCACCACGGAGGAGUGCCUCGACUGCUGCAACCGCGUGGGGUACCCGGCCAUGAUCAAGGCCUCCUGGGGUGGCGGCGGCAAGGGUAUCCGCAAGGUGCACAACGAGGAGGAGGUGGUAACCCUGUUCAAACAAGUGCAGGGCGAAGUGCCCGGCUCGCCUGUUUUCGUCAUGAAGGUGGCGGCCCUGAGUCGGCACUUGGAAGUGCAGCUAGCGUGCGACGCGUAUGGCAACGUGGUGGCGCUGCACAGCAGAGACUGCAGCAUCCAGAGGCGGCAUCAGAAGAUCAUAGAGGAGGGGCCGAUCACCGUGGCUCCCCCAGACGUGGUGCACGAGUUGGAGCAGGGCGCGCGGCGGCUGGCCAAGAUCGUGGGGUACUGCGGCGUGGCGACGGUGGAGUACCUCUACAGCAUGGCCGGCAACUCCUUCUACUUCCUUGAAGUCAACCCACGCCUGCAGGUGGAGCACCCAGUGACGGAGUGGAUAGCCGGGGUGAACCUGCCAGCAACGCAGCUCUCCAUCGCCAUGGGCAUCCCGCUCUUCCGCCUCCCUGAGAUCCGCCGCUUCUACGGCCAGGGCGGCGGCGGUUCCAGUGACUGGCGCAGCUGUGCGGACCUGGAAUCCUUCAACUUUGACAAUGUGACCUCGACGAAGCCCAAGGGGCAUGUGGUGGCGGUGAGGGUGACGAGUGAGGACCCAGAGAACGGGUUCAAGCCCACCAGUGGACGCGUGCAGGAGCUGAGCUUCAGGAGCAAGCCGGAUGUGUGGGCGUACUUUUCGAUCAAGGCGGGCGGGCAGAUCCACGAGUUCUCCGACUCGCAGUUCGGUCACCUGUUUGCAUUCGGGCAGGACCGGCCGGCAGCCAUAGCGAACAUGGUGCUGGCGCUCAAGUCGGUGCAGAUUCGAGGGGAGAUCCACACCAACGUCGACUACACUGCUGACCUGCUCCAGGACAAGGAGUACAAGAGCAACGUGAUCCACACAGGCUGGCUGGACUCGCGCAUUGCCAUGCGCAUCAAGACCCAGCGCCCCCCUUGGCACAUCUGUGUCAUUGCUGGCGGCCUCUUCAUGGCAUCCCGCACUGCAGCUGCCCGCGUGUCUGAGUACAUGGGGUACCUCGAGAAGGGCCAGAUCCCCCCUGUGAGCAUCUCGUUGGUGCACUUCAACCUGGUGCUCAACAUCGAUAACGUCAAGUACAUGUUGGCGCUGAGCAGGCAGGGACCCGGCAGCUACAAGAUCCGCAUGAACCAGCAGGAGGUGCUGGCUGAGGUGCACACGCUCAGGGAUGGAGGCCUGCUGUGCCAGCUGGAUGGUAACAGUUACAUCGUGUACGCGGAGGAAGAGGCUGCAGGAACCCGCCUGCUCAUUGGCGGUCGCCCAUGCCUGCUCCAGAACGAGCACGACCCAUCCAAGCUGGUGGCCGAAACCCCAUGCAAGCUGAUGCGGCAGUUAGUGGAGGAAGGGGGUCACCUGAACAUGGACGAGCCAUACGCCGAGGUGGAGGUGAUGAAGAUGUGCAUGCCGCUGCUCGCCCCCGCCUCUGGCUGCAUCCACUGGCGCAUCUCCGAGGGCCAGACCAUGACCGCGGGAGAUCUCAUCGCCACCCUUGAUCUGGACGAUCUGACGGCCAGGAACGUGGUGCAGCAGUUCACGGGGGAUUUCCCUGAGCUGGGCACGCCCACGGUGCAGCCGGACAAGGCGCACCACCGGUUUGCUGAUGCGCUUAAGAAGGCUGGCUUGAUUCUGGCGGGAUACGAGCACAACAGCACCGAGGUGGUGGAGGAGAUCAUCCACGGGCUCAAGGACGAGUCGGUGCCGGCACUGCAGUGGCAGGAGAUGGCGUCUGUGCUCGCCACGCGCCUCCCCAAGGAGCUCAAGGCCGAGCUUGACGCGCUGCUGAAGGCGUCCGAGUCAACCCAGGGCACAUCCUCCCCGCGCCUGCUCUCCUUCCCUGCGGCCGAGUGCCUGCAUGUGCUACGUUCGUUCCUGGACCGCCUGCCCGCCAAGGACCGCAUGGGGCAGCAGCAGCUGGUGGCGCCGCUGCUGCGUGUGGCUGAGCUGCAUGCGGGUGGCAGGGAGCAGUUUGAGCUGACGGUGAUCCAGGACCUGCUCAGCCAGUACCUGAGCGUGGAAAAGAACUUCUGUGAGACGCCUCAGGCUGACGUGAUCGAGGGGCUGAGGCAGACGCACAAGAAGGACCUGGCCAAGGUGGUGGACGUGGUGCUCUCGCACCAGGGUGUGGCGCGCAAGAACGACCUGGUGGUGGCCAUCCUGGACCGCAUGGUGGCGCCCAACCCCAGCAAGCACAAGGCGGUUCUCAAGGAGCUCUCCUCACUCUCCAAUAUCAAACACUCCAAGGUGCUGGUGAAAGCCAAGCUCCUGCUGGAGCAGAUUCAGCUGGCAGAGCUGCAGGCGGGCGUGGUGCACAACCUCUCCAACCUCGACAUCUCCGAGGGCGCCCUCUCUGCUGCUACCAGCAAUCAGGAGCUCUCCACCACAGCAUCCGGAGCAGCAGGAGGAUCAGGGGGAGCAGGAGCAGGAGGGGCUUUAGGAGACGCAGCAGACGUGCUAACUCCGCGUUCUCUAGACCCGAAGGCGGUCAAAGAGUCUCUAGAUGCGCGCAUGGAGCGUCUUGUAGAUGCUCCCGUGGCUAUUGACGAUGCACUGACGUCCCUCUUUGACUACAUGGACGCGGACGUGCAGUCCCGGGCGGUCGAGACGUACAUUCGGCGGCUGUACCAGCCGUAUAUUGUGAAGGACUCGGUGACAGUGGUCGCCGGGAACAAUAAGUCAGUGGUUGCCUCGUGGGAGUUCUGGGAAGAAGGGCCACCGCCGUCGAUUGAACAGCUAGAGGAGGGCCCGGAUAGCCCCACGUUCAAGGCGCCGUCGAGCGGGGGUGUGAAGCGGUGGGGAGUGAUGGUGGUGGCGUCGACGCUGCAGGAGGUGAAGGAUUUGCUGCGGCCGGUGAUCUCGCAGCCGGAUGGGUGGUUGCUGAGUGCGGUGGAUGGGAAGCAGACGCGUGUGGCGGCAAGCAGGAAGGCCAGUGCCGAGGACCUGCCGUUUGGGGGGAUGAAGCGGAUUCGGACGUUCCUGGGGAUUCCGUUUGGUGCGGGGAAUGUGGCUCACGUGGCUCUGCUGCCCAAACUCGACAGCCUGGCGGACAGCCCGUCCACCUUCCGCAUGGAGGACCGCAUUCACACGCUGCGGCGGUCGCUGCUGGACGCCGAUGCAGCCUCCACGCUGCACAGCGCGGGCGUGACGGCUGUGAGCUGCAUCGUGGUGCAGCACGGGCAGGGCCGCGCGCCGCUCAGGCACUGCUUCCAUUGGAGCGAGGAGCGUGAGACGUUUGAGGAGUGGCCACUCAUGCGCCACGUGGAGCCUCCGCUCUCCGACCUGCUGGAGCUGCAAAAGCUGAUGAGUUUUGGCGAGAUGCAGUACAAGAGGUCGCGCAACCGCCACUGGCACAUCUACUCCACCACCGAGAAGCCCUCGGGCAUCCGCCGCCUCUUCCUGCGCUCCGUCGUGCGCCUCCCCAAAUCCGCCACUGGUGGAGGAGGUGACACCAGCCCCCCUGGCGGCAGCAGCAGCGGGGGCAGCAGCUGGAUUGGCGGCGGUGGGGGUGGGGGUGGGGAUGGGGUGAAUGCAGGGGCGGAGGUGACGCGUGAGCCGUCGUUUUCAGAUUCGUUGGUGAGCGAAUGUACGGUUCAGAUCGAGGUGGCGGCGCGGACGCUGGCGGCGGCGAUCCAGGAGGCGUUGGAUGAGCCGGAGCUGGAGACGACGCUCAAGGCGGACCAUGCCCACAUCUUCAUGGCGCUGCUGGGGUCGCUGUCGUUUGAAAUGAGCCCUCGGGCUUCAGGCUUCAAUCUAGCGGAGGUGGAGCGCAUGCUGUGCGGGCUGGGCCGCCUGGCAGACGCCAAGGUGGCCCCACGCAUGCGCUCGCUGGCGCUGUGCAUGUGGGAGGCGCGUGUGAAGGUCAAGGGCGUGGGCGUGGGCUCGGGCGCCUGGCGUCUGGUUGCAGAGAACCCCAGCGGCCACGCCUGCCUUGUCCAGGCAUACAUGGAAGCCGACGACGCGGCCGGCAAGAACUUUGUGUACUUCUCCUCGCCGCCCAAGCUGCCGCGCACCGACAUGCCCUCAUGGCCCGACAACGCACUCAUCCUCCCGCCCGCCGCACUCCCCGUGCGCGUCACCUCCUCGCUGCUGCCCAUGCCGUCCCCCUCCAGCCCUGCUGGUGGGGGUGGCGGCACCACGAUGACUCUCAAGGGCAUGGGCCCGCUGCACGGCACGCCUCUGUCCGCGCCGUAUGGUCCGCUGAGCUCCAUUGAUAAGAGGAGGCUCGCGGCCAGGAAGGCUGGGACUACUUUCUGCUAUGACUUCCUCUCGAUCUUUGAGGAGGCCCUGAAGCAGAUCUGGGCGGCAGCAGAGGCCAAGGGCACGCACACGGCGCCGCCCGCCCCACACCUCACCUACAAGGAGCUCAUCUUCGCCGACCCAAACAUCGGAUGGGACGCAAAGCUACAGGAAACCGGCCGCCCGGCGGGGCUGAACAGCAUCGCGAUGGUCGGCUGGCGGCUCACCCUCCACACUCCAGAAUUCCCCGACGGCCGCACGGUCUACAUCGUGGCGAACGAUGUUACCAGAGGCGCAGGUGCCUUCGGGCUGCAUGAGGACAUGCUGUUCCAUGCGAUCACACUCGAGGCGAUCAAGCAGAAGGCGCCGCUGCUGUAUCUGGCUGCGAAUUCAGGCGCCAGGAUUGGGAUCGCGGAGGAGGUGAAGCGGUGCCUGCAUGCCGCGUGGCUCGACGAGAAAAACCCCGAGCGGGGGUUCCAUUAUCUGUAUCUCACUCCGGAGGACUAUGCGCGCGUGCGGUCGUCUGUGGUAGCGCAUGAGGUGGUUAUGGAGCCGUCUGGUGAGUGCCGGUGGGUGCUGACGGAUAUUAUUGGGGCUGAGGAAGGUCUUGGGGUGGAGAAUCUGUCCGGGAGUGGUGCAAUCGCGAGCGUGUUCUCCAGAGCUUUCCACGAGACGUUCACGCUGACGUUUGUCACGGGGCGGACAGUGGGGAUUGGCGCGUACCUGGCGCGGCUGGGCAGCCGGGUGAUCCAGAGGCAGGAUCAGCCGAUCAUCCUGACAGGGUUCUCUGCGCUGAAUAAGCUUCUCGGGAGGGACGUGUACUCCUCGCACAUGCAGUUGGGCGGGCCCAAGGUCAUGGCUGUGAACGGAGUGGUUCACAACACCGUCGCGAACGAUCUCGACGGCGUUCUGACGAUCCUCCGCUGGCUGUCAUACGUCCCUGCAGCCGUCAACCGCCCGCUGCCGAUUGUCCCGAAGCCGCUCGACUCGCCGUCGCGCAAGGUGGAGUACAACCCGACUACCUCCUGCGAUCCCUGCGCUGCUGUGGCCGGGACCCAGUCCGGAACCCGCUUCCUCAGGGGAAUCUUUGACGAAGGAAGCUUCAUGGAAAUGCUGGAUGGGUGGGCGAAGACUGUGGUGGUGGGGCGGGCGCGCCUGGGCGGCAUUCCUGUGGGAGUGAUUGCGGUGGAGACACAGACUGUGUUCCAGAACAUUCCGGCGGAUCCCGGGCAGCCGGACUCACACGAGCGGGUGCUGCCACAGGCCGGGCAAGUGUGGUAUCCGGAUUCGGCUGCGAAAACGGCCCAGGCGCUUCUUGACCUGCGAUUGGAGGGGCUGCCUCUGUUUAUCCUCGCCAACUGGCGCGGGUUUUCUGGAGGGCAGAGGGAUCUGUUCGAAGGGGUGCUUCAAGCGGGGUCGCUUAUAGUGGAGCAUUUGCGGACGUAUGACCAGCCGGUGUUUGUGUAUAUCCCGCGGAAGGGCGAGCUGCGGGGCGGCGCGUGGGUCGUUGUGGACCAUCGGAUCAACCCGCACAUGGUGGAAAUGUACGCUGAGGAUUCGGCGAGAGGAGCUGUGCUGGAGCCGGAAGGAGUGGUGGAGAUUAAGUUCAGGAGGAAGGAGCUUAUCGACGCCAUGCAUAGGCUAGACCCGGAGAUUAUCGACUUAGAUAAGGCGCUGCGGGCGGCGAAGCAGCAGCAGGCGCAGGGGAGCGACAAUGGAUCGGUGACUGUGACUGAGGGGCUGAUUGCGCAGAGAGAGAAGGCACUUCUGCCGGUGUAUACUCAGAUCGCGGUGCGGUUUGCAGAGCUGCAUGAUACCCCGAGGAGAAUGGCGGCUAAGGGCGCGAUCCGGGAUAUUGUCACUUGGGAGAACUCGAGGGCGUAUUUCUACUCGAGGUUGUGUCGGAAGGUCGCGGAGGACGGGCUUGCGAGGCAGUUUAUGUUACAGGUGGACGGGCUGGGGAAGAUUGACGCGGUUGCGGAGGUGAAGCGGUGGUAUUUGGACGAGCAGCGGGUGAAGCGAGGGGAGAGCGAGGCGCUGCGGACGAGUGAAGCGAUCGAUGAAGGGGACUGGGUGGACGAUAAGCAGUUCAUGGCGUGGGUGCAGGGCACGAGGAGGAAUGCGGAGGGGUUCAGGAGGCGGGUGAUGGCGUUGAGGGGAGGGAGGCUGGCGGCGGUGUUGACGAGGGAGAGGGACGCUGGGAGCAUUGCGGAUGGGCUGGCACAGGCUGUGUCCAGCGUGCUACAGGCGCUUCCUGCCAGUGUGCGCAAGGACGCUGCUGCCAAGCUCGCCCAAGUGCUGGGCCAGCAGUAA